UAAUUGAUGUCACUUUCAGCUGGUGGAACUUUCCACAAUAUUCUAGUUUGGCGAAAAUAAAAAUUUUACAGAGAUAAUUAACACGAUCAGCAUAGUUUCUGUAACUCCCAGAAUUUCAUACUUGCAGUAUUUUUAGUGUAAGUCAUGUUGUAUACAGUGGCAUGUGAAGUGUUCAUUGUAAGAUUUCUACUUUUUUUUUUUUUUUGGUUAAAAAUCAAAGUAGUACAAAUGUCUGAAUUUGAUCAUGUAAUCAAAGCUCUCACGGUAAUCUUGUUGCGCGUGAGCCUGUCCGUGGUAAAAGUCUGGUUGCUACACACUACUGAUUUUUCCCACUCUUUCUCCUCUUUUUUUUUUUUUUUUUAUUAACAUGAUGUUCAGUAAUAGCAUUGCCGCGAUGAAAGC